AUGGCAGAGAACAGUCGUGUUGAUAUCAUCUUCAUUGGUGCUGGCGCCGUUGGUUGUUUCUAUGCCUCGAGACUCCAUCACCCAUCACAAAACAUUCACGUUUCUCUUGUAGCGCGUUCAAACUAUGCUGCUAUCCAAAAGGACGGCGUAAAGCUGCAAACGCGAAGCUUUGGUGAUUACACUUUCAACCCUGACGCGGCCUUUCCAUCCGUCGAUGCAGCUGCAGCAGCAAAUGUAUCAGGCGAGAAGAAAGACUGGCACUAUAUCUUUGUGACGACAAAGGCUCUUCCAGAUGUCAGUGAUGACUCUUCCAUAAUUGAGCCCCUGGUCGGUCCAAAGUCUUGUAUCGUUCUCAUCCAGAACGGUGUCGGUGUGGAAGAGCCAUUCCGGAAACACUUCCCUAAUAACCCCAUCGUCAGUGCAGUCACUGUUGUCAGCGCGGAGCAGACUUCUCCUGGCACUAUUCGCCAGAACCGCUGGACGCGUGUGAGUAUUGGGCCAUACACAGAUGGCUUGGCUGCGCAGGACUCAGAGCUAGGUCGUCGCGGAACGGAGGCAACUGAGGCGCUGCGUCGCUGGUGGACAGACUUGGGCGGCAUCAAAGACGUGGACCCCCACGAUGAAGUCGGUCUCCAAACUGUACGCUGGCAUAAGCUCUGCAUUAAUGCGGCCAUGAACCCCUCGGCCGUACUCUCCGGUGGUCGUGGCAACGCAGACAUGGUCGCAGACGAUGAGUUGCAGCGACAUCUACUAGGCGUGAUGAAUGAGAUCCGUGACGCCGUACCCAAGAUACUAGGUCGACCCUUCCCAGACUAUAUGGCUAAACCGGAGAAAAUCAUCGAAAGCACGGCGCGGAAUAAGGGGGCUAGGCCGAGCAUGUUGCUGGACUGGGAGGCUGGUAAGCCACUUGAGCUCGAGGUGAUUCUGGGUAAUCCCGUGAGAAUCGCGAGGGAAAGGGGUGUUGAGAUGCCGAGAUUGCAGAGCUUGUACGCGCUUCUUAGGUCAGCUCAGGGGAUGAGGAAGAGAGAGAACAAGGGGAAGCUGUGA